AUGUCGGGAAAUUUCUACAAGGGGACUUCCAAGGACCAGACUCCUUUCUUUAAGGACAAGGACAGCCAACUUAUCGAGCAAAGGAAAUGGCCGGCAAUAUUCGAGCAAGAGGUGGACAUGAGCAAGGUGAAUGUGGAGGUUAUGAAGGCCUGGAUCAACCACAAGAUCACCGAGCUACUCGGCUUCGAAGAUGACAUAGUUAUUUCCUACUGCCUUUCGCAGUUGGUGCCCGAGGAAGCUCUCGCAGCUGAUGUUGACGAGAGAAAGAAUUACCUGUGUCCCAAGAAGCUUGCAAUAUCGCUUACUGGAUUUGUUGGGAAGCAGGCGACACAUUUUGUUCGCGAGCUUUGGAAACUCCUCUUGAGCGCCCAGAAUACCCCGACGGGGAUACCUCCUGAAUUUUUGGAGAACAGAAGGCUGGAGAUGGAGAGAAAGAGAGAAGAGGCGGCACGCAUAAACGAAGAGCUGGUACGUAGACAUGAGCAAAUGAUGGCCACAGAGUUUAACAAGCAAAUCAAACAAUUCGCUACCGGAACGGCGCCUCCAAAACCGCCAACGCUUGUAGCAUACGACACAAUUCCAGACACGGGUGGCAUGAGAGGUUGGGAUAACGACGAUGCUCCAGCAGCACGAGCCCGCGCACGAGGGCACGGAAGAUAUGGGGUUGAUUUUGCUGGAUAUGCAUUUUCUCAGCCUCCCAUGAUCGCAGCAGAAGUCGAAGCCGUUCUCGUUCUGGCGGCAGAAGCCGUCGUACUCGAAGCGACAGACAUGAAAGACGGAGAGGCCGCCGGCGGAGCGAGUCCCGCAGCAUGUCACGUUCGCCUAGCCGAGGCGGGGAAAGGGAUCGUGACCGUAGGCGUGGUCGCUCAAGUGAUCGUGACUAAACUACUCCUCAACAGCAGGCCCUUUGGAUCAACUGCACUGCCAGAAAGGGCCGUUGGCACGAGUGGAGCUGGAAAAGCCAAGCUGUCAAUGCCUAUUUGGCUGAUCCUUCUGACGGUUAGUUGCCAUGCGAGUGGUUUGCGCCUCCACGUUGCGCUCCUGUGGAUGUGA